AUGACAACGACACGACAGUUCAAGAAAGUGAAAAAGGUGCCAAAUUACAGGAUUCCUGUAUUUACCAGCAUCCCAACGCAUCCGUUAGGGGUAAAACCUAGCGGGAAUUCUUUAUUAGAGGGUGCAGAUCCUCAGGAAACUAGAAAGCUUAGGAAAAAGCUGUUAGGCUCUCUGUCAGUGCUACCAGAAGAUCUUAUAAUCGAAAUACUCGCAUAUAUCGAUGAUCCAAAUGACUUGCAGAACCUCGGAUGUAGUUCUAGGAUCCUUUACGCGUACACCUACGAUGAGGAACUAUGGAGAAAGAUUUAUACCAAGGAGUACUUGAAGUUGGAAUCGGAAAGUCCAGAGCAAGAGCGUAUUUCGCCGUUUGGAUGUUCAAGGUGGAGGGGCUCGUGGAGAAAGACCAUCUUGAAAGUAGACCAAGAAGCAUUGAUACAGUGUCAUAAUAUUCUGUUCUCUGACACCUUAUAUAGACCAUAUCAAUGUUCUCAGAUCGAUUAUACAGAGCUUUUCAAAAAAGUGAUUGAAUUCGAAACGAGUUCGUAUGAGUUAGGUACAUGUCUGAACACAGAGUUUGGAGUACCUAGAAUGCAAGAGACAGAAUUUGAUGUGGCAACUUUCCAUGAAGAGUUUAUCAAUAAGCCUUUCAUUCUUCAAAACAAAGAUGGUAUUACCUCGGAGGGGAAACCAAGAUGGCCAAGAUGGACGUUGGACGAUUUAGUCGAGAGAUAUCCCCAUGAAAUAUUCCGCCAAGAAGCAGUGAAAUGGGACCUCUCAUUAUAUUCCUACUAUUUCAGAGAAAAUAGAGAUGAGUCGCCUUUGUACCUUUUCGAUUGUAAUAGCACUGCCUUAAAGCUGAUGAGUAAAGAGUAUGCUCCACCUUCCAUCUACCAUAACGAUUUCUUCAAAUUGUUCCAAGAAAAAGGAAUCAAAUGUCGACCUGAUCACAGAUGGCUAAUUGCCGGUCCAGCAAGAAGCGGAUCCACUUUCCAUAAGGAUCCGAAUCACACUUCUGCAUGGAAUACAGGCUUGAGCGGCAUGAAACUAUGGGUAAUGUUACCACCUGGAGAAAACCCACCCGGUGUGAUGACAGAUAAAGAAGAAGAAGAAGUUACAUCGCCUGUCGGUAUAGCAGAGUGGAUUAUCUCGGGAUAUUAUAACGAUGCAGUGAAGUUGGCACAAGAGGGACGGUGUCAGAUCUGUGUCACUUUCCCUGGAGAAUGUAUAUACGUGCCCUCAGGAUGGUGGCAUUCGGUGAUAAAUUUAACAGAUUCAGUUGCAUUAACAGAGAAUUUUGUACCUGAACCAAUCGUUCCAAAAGUGAUGAAUUUCUUCAAGAACAAGCCUGCGCAAAUCUCGGGGUUCCACUUGAAAGAUUUCGUAGAGUCUGUGAGAGUUUUCUUGGAUACACAGGAGAGAGACGAUCAAUCACAAAACGAGAGGCUUGAUGCUUUGCACAGCUUCAUACAGAACAGCGAUAAAUACAAGAUUGACAACGAAGACUGCGGUGUACUUGACACUAAAGACAUACAUCCACCGAUUUACGAAUUUUUCGUUGAAUUAAUAUCGAAAUCCAAAUACGGUGACAAACUAGACGAGUUUUUAGUGAAAAUGAAAUCAAUUGAAUUAGAACAGCUGUCAAAGGAACAAUCUAAUGCUAAUGUUCGUGAAUCAGAGGCAUGGAAUCAGCUAACAAAAGAAUCUUCGGAGGGAUUUUCAUUCGGAUUUUCCUUCGAUGAAUGA